AUGGGUGCAGCAGGGGGUGCAUGGAUAUUUGGGGUGCAGGUGCAGGUCAAGACGCCGCGGGUGAACUGCCCCGAGAAGGUGAUCAUCUGCCUGGACCUGGCCGAGGAGAUGGCGCUGCCCAAACUGGAGUCCUUCAACGGGUCCAAGACCAACGCGCUGAACAUCUCCCAGAAGAUGAUCGAGAUGUUCGUGCGGACGAAGCACAAGAUCGACAAGUGCCACGAAUUCGCGCUGGUGGUGGUGAACAACGACGCCACGUGGCUCUCAGGGUUCACCUCGGACCCCCGCGAGGUCUGCAGCUGCCUCUACGACCUGGAGACCGUCGUCUGCAAGUCAUUCAAUCUGGAAGGACUCUUCAACCUGAUCCAGCAGAAGAUCGAGCUGCCGGUGACGGAGAACGUGCAGACCAUCCCACCGCCGUACGUGGUCCGGACCAUCCUGGUCUUCGGCCGCCCGGGCUGCCAGCCCCAGUUCUCCAUGUCGGAGCACAUGAAGAAGAUGCUGCAGUGCCCCUACUUCUUCUUCGACGUGGUUUACAUCCACAACGGGGUGGAGGAGAAGGACGACGAGACGAGCUGGAAGGAGAUGUACGCCUUCUUCAGCAGCCUGGACACCAAAGGCACCAACUACAAGUACGAGGUGUCGCUGACGGGGCCGGCUGUGGAGCUGCACAACUGCAUGGCCAAGCUGCUGGCGCACCCGCUGCAGCGGCCCUUCCAGACGCACGCGGCGUACGGGCUGCUGGAGGAGGACGAGCCCCCCGAGAUCGAGGCCACCGUCUGA